AAUAUGGUGUCAAUUCAUUAAUGGUAAACAAGUUUUAAGUUUUUAUUUUAUUUAUUAUUAAUAAAUAAUUAAUAUUUAAUUAAAAUUAAAAAAAAAAUUGUGUUUUUGUUUAACCAAAAAAUAAUUAUAUAAUUAAUUAAUUAAAAGUGAAAACAAUUUGUUUUGUGUAUAUAAUUAUCGGCUGAACUGUUUGGCCACUAAACCGGUGAUCAGUUUUUCAGUUUUUUUUUGUUUAAAUUGUUAAUUGUUUUGAUUUCGAGGAAGAAUAAGAAGAUUGAAGAAGAAGAAGAGGAAGAAGUGGUAGUAAAACAACAGAUUUUGUUGGUAUUUGUAUUGAUCUGUCAGUAGUCGUAGUCGUCGUCUUCAGCUGCAGUCAUAUCGAUGGCCACAACAACAUCGCGGCUGCCGUUGAAACCGAUCAUUGAUUUUAAGUUUAAGUUAUUAUUAUUAUCAUCGAUAAGACAAUACUAUUAUUACUGUAAACCCAACCAAUAAAAACCACCGAUAAUGUCCUCCUCAUCGUCGUCGACGACGACAACGUCGUCAAUGUCGACCAUCAAGAGCUCGUCCAAGAGUUUCUACAAAUCACACGGCGGUAGUGGUGGCGGUGGCAGUGGUGGUGGCGGCGGUGGUGGCGAUGAAUCGACAUUUCAAAUGCCAGAUGAUGUCAAACGAGUCGGUUAUAUGAAGAAACUAAAGUCUGUAUCUUUCCUUCAAAAUCAGACAAUGAAGAAGAAGUAUUUCGUCCUAAGAGAUCAUAACGAUUCAAAUAUGGGUUCGCUUUCCUAUUUUGAUAGCGAAAAAAAGUUUCGCCACAACAACGGCCAACAACCGAAACGAUUGAUUUAUCUGAAAGACUGUUUCAGUAUUAAUCGUAAAAUAGAUGGUAAACAUAAGCACGCGAUUGCUUUGUAUACACGGGACGAAUGUUUUACGACGAUUGUCGAAGACGCUGAACAACAGAGACAAUGGCUGGAAGCGCUUCAUGCCCUACAAAACCAGACCAACGAUUUUCGUAUCGGUCACGGCGUUCAUUACGAGCACGUAUGGCAAGUGAACAUCAACCGCAACGGUUUAGGUCAAACACGCAAUAUGAACGGUACUCAUCGACUGUGUUUGACUGCCCACACGCUAUACAUUGUCAAAGUGGAUCCGCUGGCCAGCGAACCGCCCGACGUCUACGAGUUUCCAUUGAUCAGUAUUCGACGAUGCGGUCACACGACCAGUACGUUUUUCAUCGAAUUGGGCCGAUCUUCCAGUAUAGGUCCCGGAGAUAUAUGGAUUCAAGCGGACGAUUCGGCCAUUGCCCAGAAUAUGCACGAAGUAAUUCUGGCGGCAAUGUGUUCGUCGAAGAAUCACGAAUCAGAUUUUGGCGGUCCAUCGCAACGGCCUCGUAGUGCGUCGACCAGCGAUAAACCGUUGACCAGUCGACGGCCACAGUCAUCGUUAUCGACAUCGUCGUCGCAUACGAACCAAAGUAUGAUUAUAUUCGGUGGCGGCGGCGGCGGUGGUGGUGGUCCCGUCUAUUCGUCAACGACAUCGUCGACCACUAGUGUUCAUCAGAGUUCAUCAAAUAUUACAUCAACAACAACAGGAGCAGCAGCGCAGACAACUUCGAUGUCGAGUUCGGAUCGCGUCCGAUGCGAUUCGAUGCCUUCUUCCCGGUCGAGGACUACCAGCGAAUCGGAUUCGUUGUUGUUGUCGUCCUCUCAUGUCGUCGAUAGCAGACACUGGACAACACCGCAACACUAUGGAGGCGGCGGCGGUGGCAGCGGUAGUGUCGGUGAUAAUCGUUUACACUUAACAUUACACAGUAGAACACUGUCCUAUUCGCCGCCAUCACAUAAUCCGCUCAGUAGUUCUGCCGCCUAUUCCACUGAUAGCACUGGUAGUUCACUAUCGAUAGACGACUACGACAGUGGUAGUCAUUGUCUGACACCGGUUUCCGAAUAUCAUCUGAGUCUUCACAAUAGUCUAAUGCCGUCGGAGCCGCCCAUUUCCGAAGAGGACGGUCAAACUGAUGACUAUCUGUCAAUGUCGCCGACGGGCAGCUCGAGCGGUGGCUGCGGCGGCAGCUGUCAGUCGAUGGGCGUCCGAUCGCAUCUGAAUCUGAAUUUCUAUCCGACUUCGAACCCGUCGCCUAUAACAUCGCCGACUACGGCUGCCAUCAUCGGCGGAUCGGCAACAAAAUCGUUGAUUAAUAGUAAAGUUAUUGACGAACCAGACAGUAGUCCUUAUAUACCGAUGAGUCCGGUCGGUUCAGUCGAAACUAGCGAUAGUCUAGUAUCCAGUCGCCGAUCGAGUGGUCUACUGGAUAGUAGACAUUUGUAUACAAACGAAAACAUUGCCGAAUAUAUGCCAAUGGUGUGCACCACUUCCAUCACAACCAGGAGCAGCAGCCAGGAGAUGAUCAUCAAAUCGGAAUCGAUUGACGAAUAUCUAAAUAUGGCGCCACUAUCGGAAUCGCUUCCGAAAAUUAAUGAUAGAUCGGCGCCGCCACCGCCGCAGCCUAAAGAGGAAUUUCAUUUGGAUAAAGUCAAGUCAUACUUUCCCCAUACGGACGACGAAUUGGAUUCGUUUGAUUAUAUACUACCGGUUCGGGCCUACAGUAUUGGUAGUCGUCCGUCGCAGCCGACGGCGACUACCAAAGCGUUGAUCAGAGCUAACAUCAAAUCCAGACAACAACAACAACAACAAAUGACAUCAGCGUCGUCCUCAUCGGCGGCCAUCAAAUCGGGUACACAAACGCCUGAGGAGAAUGAAAUCCGAAUUCGUGCCUUUUCUAUGGGAAGUCAUGUGACAAACAUGCGUGAGAUGCGUAUUGCGGCCAAACGGCAGGCAUUAGUCGAUACACAGAUUGGCGGUCCGACGGCCGCUAUAGACGAAUCGAUGAAACGAAAUUUGCCGAAAGCUUCGAGCGCACCGAUACUGUCGCCGGCACAGCCGCGAAAGCGUAGCGCAACUGUCGGCUGUCGACCGAUUUUUGCGAAAUCAUCGCUUAUUGCUGGUCGCGGCGUCGGCGGUAGUGGUGGCGGCGGCGGCAGCGGCUUCGGAGCUAUCGGCGGCAGCAGAAACAUCGAUACAGAUCUAAUGGAAAUCGAUUAUUCAUCGAAGUCUAUGCAAUCCUCUACACAACAGCAGCAGAUGAAGGAACGCCUAGAAGACCGUAUCAAACGUUCGUCAAUUGGUGGCGGCAGCGGCGGUCAUAGACAGCGAUCAAAUUCGCGAUCGUCGACAUCAUCGUCGGGUAUCGGAUCGGCCAGUACUACGUCGCCGUCGAUUACGUCAUCGAUGAACGAGUUGACUACUGGAGGACUACUGGAUAGAAAGUCAACUAAUAAUUUGAUUAACAGAUCUAUUGAUGACCAACAGUUCCAGAGAACUAAAGAGAUUGUUAACAAUGAUUACAUUGAAGUACAUAUGAUAACAACAAACCAUGAACUGAAACAACUGCCAUCGAGUUUACACUCAACAGCUAAUCUAAGACCAACUAUUACUGACCAUUCUAUCCAAUUAUCACAACAACAACAACAGACAAUAGCUACAGUUCCUUCAUUUACUUCAUCACAUUCUUCCGAUUCUCUAUCACAACAACAACUGCAGAGUCAUUGGAAAACAAAUCCGAUAAAAUCAAUGACCAAAACAAGUGAAUCAUUUGCUCAAACAAUGAACGAAAACAAUAUUAAGACUAAACAACAAUCGGAUGUUGUCGUCGUUGCCGAUAGUAGUGAUGGUGACUAUGUAUGUCUGGAUAUGAGAUCUACAACGACAACACAUGUGCCUCAAAGAUCUACUAUUACUACUACUACUACUACUACUACUGCAGAGCCAUCAUCGCUACUAUCGCAGGUCAUGGAGUCAACCGUUGUUGAGGAAUCAUCGUCGUUGUCGUCGUCUUCUUCAUCGUCAGACACCACCAACAGAAGCAGAGGCAAAGCUAAACAAAGAAAUAGUUCUAUCGAUAGUCAUAUUACUACUACUACUAUUGGUAAACAACAAGAACCACAGCAACAGCUCCCGGUGCCAACAAAUAGUGAUACAAAUAAUUUAACGAAAACCAGUGAUAGACAACAACAACAACAACAAGUCAUCAAUAGAUUGGAUGAUAAUAACAAAUUGAUGACAACUAAUACCAGUAGUAGUAGUUGUUGUAGUAAUGAUGAGCCAAAAACAACCAUUUCUUCUUCUUCGUCUUCACCUCCGCGUCGAUCGUCGCCUCCGUCGUUGUCGACGACGAUAUCAUCGGACAAAGAGCUUAACUAUGCGUCGCUAGAUUUGGCCACAGCUACUACUACUACUACUACUACUGAUGAAGUAUCGGCGGCGGCCGCCGCUAAAUAUGGAUCACAUCUAUCGUCAUCAAGUGGUCUAACAGCGACUCUGACAAUAACAACGCCAUUAUCACUAUCGUCGUCGUCGUCGUCGUCAUUGUCUUCGACAUCACUCACCACCACCACUACAACAGCUAUGCUCACACAGUGUUGCGGAAGUCAGGAACAACUGCUCUAUAGCGGCGGUGUUGGCGGUGGUAUUGUCGGCGGCGAUCAAUCAUCCAAUCAGUUAGCUUACGCUGAGAUCGACUUUGGUAUCGCCGGCGGCGGCGGCGUCGCCAACACUAAGAUUGCAAAGUCUUAAACAAAACGAAAAACAAAAAAUGAAAUUAAAAUUAUAUUUUUUUAAUUACAAAAAAAAACAAAUCAACGAAAUCAACAACAAUUCCCCACUAAUUGUAUGUACUGUCUGUCUGUCUGUCCAUCUGUAUGUAUGUAUGUCUGUCGGUCGCCGCUCUAGUCAUCGAUAACUUUGACUUUUUAUUAUAAUUAUUAUUUUUAAUAGUAAUCUAUUGAUUAAAAUAUAUGUAACUAUUUUUUUGUUGUUUUAUUUUUUU